AUGAGGGCUGUCAUCACACUACUGGUGCUGCUGCUCUCCAUGUGUGGAUCUCAGACUUGGAGCACCCAGACUGAUCUUCACACAGAGAGCCAGAGCACUGGGGCUGCUGCUGAAGUCUCUACCCAACUGGACAUCUCUGCUGAGCUCAGGGAACUCAGAGACAUGGUAGGGGAGCUGAGGGUGACUCUGAGCUUCACUCGGGAUGAACUACAGAACACCAAAGAUCUGCUGAACAAAAUAGAAGUGGAAAAUGAUGCUGUGAAACAAAGACUGGUGGCCAGUGAAACUGAAGUGGUGAAUCUGAGGAAGGAAGCUGCAGCACAGACAGCUGAUCUGAGGUCAGUUACUGAGAGACUGGCAGUCACUGAGACUGACAUGGAGCAUGUGAAGAAAGACACUGAAGCACAACACACAGACCUGACCACAGUGAAGACUGAAGUGAUGAGCCUGAUCAAGGAACAAGCAGCACAAGAGGCAGAACUGGUAGUGCUGAAGACAAGGAUGGACACUGGUGAAGCCCAAGUGGAGACCAGACUGUCUGCCAGUGAGACUGAGGUGGAGAAACUCAAGAUGGAACAUGCAGCACAAGAGGCAGAGCUGACAGCAGUGAAGACCAGACUGGCAGCCACUGAGACUGAAGUAGUGAAUCUGGAGAAAGAGAUUACAGAGAAACCCAAGGUGGCAUUCUCAGCAGCUCUGACUGCUCCCAUAGAGGCUGGGAAUACUGAUCUGAACUUGGUCUUCACUAAAACCAUCACCAAUGUUAGACAGGCCUACAGCAACAUAACCGGCUUCUUCACAGCUCCAGUAAAAGGAGUCUACUACUUCAGAUUCACAGUCAUGGAUCAUCUUAACUCACGCAGGAUGUAUAUCAUGAUGUUUAAGAAUGGAGAGAAGGUCAUGCAUUUAACAGAGUAUGAUACUGACGGGCAUGCCUCCUAUCUCUCCAGUGGUGUGACUCUGCAGCUGGAGGUGGGAGAUGUAGUUAACAUGCGACUCCCUGCAGGCUCCAGGCUCUAUGAUGAUUCUAGAAACCACAGCACCUUCAGUGGCUUCCUGCUCUUUACUCUUUGAAGGGAACACACUGCUCA